GACACACCAUGAGGCCCUUCGUGCUCCUCGCCCUCCUGGCCCUGGUCGCACUCUGCCUCACUGCCCCGGCAGAUGCAAAGCCCAGCGGUGCAGAGUCUGGCAAAGGUGCAGCCUUCGUGUCCAAGCAGGAGGGCAGCGAGGUAGUGAAGAGACUCCGACGCUACCUGGAUCAAGGGUUGGGAGCCCCAGCCCCCUACCCAGAUCCCCUGGAGCCCAACAGGGAGGUGUGUGAACUCAACCCGGAUUGCGACGAGCUGGCUGACCACAUCGGCUUCCAAGAGGCCUACAAGCGCUUCUACGGCACAGCCUAG